AUGAAGCAUUCUAAGGACAAGGGAGCAUAUUCCAAGGUUGAUGCUACUGAUGAAGUCAUUAUGGAUGUACAAAAUCAAGCACACAUAUCAGCUCCGUUAGAACGAGCCCUCACUGAUGAACUCAAUGUCCUCAACCUUGAGGAAGAAAAAGAAAUUAAGAAUUGCUUGAAAGAACUCGACGCAACAAGAGAAAUUCCUUUGAAAGAAGCAAAAAUUGAGGAGUUAAAAGAGGAAUCAAAGCACGAGAACAACAAACUUGAAGUGAAAAUGUUAUCGACACACUUGAAGCUAGAUAAAUACAAAUUUUUUCAUAUUAUACACUAUGCAAACAAUGUUUUGAAUGAUGCACAAGUUAAUUAUGCAACUACGGAAAAGGAAUUGCUUGCCAUAGUGUAUGCAUUGGAAAAAAAUUGGUCUUACCUCAUAGGUUUAAAGAUUGUUUGUUAUACUGACCAUGCAGCGAUCAAAUAUUUGAUCACCAAAGCGGAUUCCAAGCCUAGAAUAAUUAGAUGGAUGCUUCUGCUACAAGAAUUCGACCUAGAAAUACGAGACAAGAAAGGAACGGAAAACUUAGUAGCAGAUCAUCUAUCAAGGCUGAUAAAUCUUAAAGUCACCAAGCAAGAACGAGGAGUCCUUAAAGAAUUUAUAGACGAGAAGUUGAUUAUGAUUCAAGAAAUACCAUGGUUUGUAGAUCUCGCAAACUAUAAGGUAACUGGUAUGAUUCCUGAGGAUUUCAACUGGCAACAAAAUAAAAAGUUCCUACGUGAUGCUACUUAUUAUGUUUGGGAUGACCCGUACUUGUUUAAAAUAGGAGUUGGUGAUUUGUUGAGAAGAAGUAAAGAUUUUUUUCGUUGGGGUAUUGAUUUCGUUGGACCAUUUCCUUCAUUAUAUUCAAAUGAGUACAUCUUGGUGGCGGUAGAUUACGUGUUAAAAUGGGUGGAAGAAAUAGCAUCGCAAAAAACGGGUAGCAAAACAGUGAUAAAAAUCUUGAAGAAAAACAUUUUCACGCGUUUUGGAACACCAAGAGUUUUAAUCAAUGAUGGUGGGUCACAUUUCUAUAAUGCUCAGCUAGCAAGAGCCCUUGAGCACUAUGGUGUCAAGCACAGGGUUGUGACACUGUAUCAUCCUCAAACCAACAGGAAGUCAGAAGUUUCCAAUCGUGAAGUUAAGAGGAUCUUGGAAAAAAUAGUGUCAACAUCAAGAAAAGAUUUGUCAUUAAAACUGGAUAAAGCACUUUGGUCCUACCUUACAACAUACAAGUCACCAAUAGGCUCCACGCCUUUUCAAACGGUGUACGAAAAUGCUUUCCACCUACCUGUGGAAUUAGAACACAAGGCUUUUUGUAGGCAUUAA